CAAAAGUCAAAACUACCUUCUUUUAAGAAAUCGAAUGUAUCCCCCAAUUUAGAUUUAUACAAGAUCAACAAACCUCAUGAUUCAAACUCAUCAUAGUCAUCAAAUCACUCUUCCACUCCACAACCUCUCUUCGGCUCUGAUCGAUCAACAGGGAAACAAAAAACAGAAGGGAAUUAAUGGGUUUUCAAAAAGAGUACCUUGAUCUGGUUUUAGUCCCAAGUGGGUUGCUGAUCAUGUUUUCCUACCAUCUAAUCCUCCUCUACAGAUACCUCAAUCUUCCUCACACCACUGUCAUCGGCUACGAGAACAAUGACAAGAGAGCUUGGGUGGAGAGAAUCAUGCAGCCCGACAACAAGGACAUAGGAAUUGCUCUGCAAGUCAUUUCGUCGAACAUCUCGGCGGCUACUUUCUUAUCCUCUGUUUCCUUAACUCUGAGCUCUCUGAUCGGCGCCUGGACCGGCAACUCCUCUGGCCCGAUUUUUCAGAGCAAUUUGAUCUACGGUGACCGGAGACCCUCCACAAUUUUUAUAAAGUACAUAAGCCUUCUCACCUGUUUUCUCCUCGCCUUCUCAUUUUUUAUGCAAUCCACGAGGUGCUUCGUGCACGCAAAUUACCUGAUAAGCACGCCGCAUACGGAUAUUCCAGAGAGAAAUGUGGAGGUGGCGGUGAUAAGGGGGGGUGAGUUUUGGUCGCUCGGACUUAGAUCGCUUUAUUUUGCGACUAAUUUGCUACUGUGGUUUUUUGGCCCGAUACCCAUGUUUGCUUCGUCGGUGAUAAUGGUGGUGCUCCUCCAUCACCUUGACUCCAAUUCGACGCCGCUGCACCGGUAUGGGUCUUCCCGGAGCCAAGCAGUGAAAAGGGUCGGCGACCGGCCGGCUGCCGGAGCAGCUACCGCCGAGGUACGCGGUGGCAGGGUUGUGCGGCCCGUAGGCGGGACCUAUCAUUGGCUGGCCUACCAGGAUAAGUCGCUAUACUCCGAAAGUCAGAUUGGCCUCAUUAACCCUAACUGACGAGGAGUCUGUCCACUACAUAGGCAUGAUCGACUGCUGUAAAUUCACAUACUAUCUAAGUUAUGUGGUUGCACUCUGAACUGUAAAUAGCUACGAUAAUGUGCUCUGUAAACUGAUCUGUAAUGGUUCAUCAAGGUCUGAUACUGUAUAAUACAUUUUUAUAUAAAAUCUAUCUUUU